AGCCCCUCCUGCUAAGGCGCCCGCCCCGCCCCACGCAGGUGGAGUUCAUUGCACCCUCCACCAGAAGCGCCCCCCACCUCAGGCCCUGCCCCACCCAGGUGGGACCCAUCGGGUGGGCCUGGUGGGGGUGGGGCCAGGCGAAAUUAGGGAAGGGGGAGCUAGGCUGGGGCACCAUGGAGGCCGAACCAGCCCCAGACUUCAUGCUGCGAGAGCUACAGGCGCCGCCCUGCCUGGACCCUAAGUCAUCCCCGGAGCCCCGGGCCCAGCAGACAUCAAGAACCUCGGGAUUCCGCAGACCCAAUGGCAGGUCCUUCUGGCCUGCACGCCAGGACUCGGUCACCACCCUGUGCUUCCUCCAAGAGACGCCAGAGUUGUCCCUGGCGCGGGACAAGCAGGCUCUGGAGUCCUGCUGGGAGCCGAAGACCCUGGGAACACUGGGACCACUGCCCCUGGCCAGGGAUGCCAAGAAUAUGUGGACCCCCAUCAACCAGCAGUGCUGCAACCUGGGGCCCCCAGGAUCUCCCAUCAUCUCUUCAGCUCCACCCCAGAGGAAGCCCCGGAAGCAGUCCAGCCCCCAAAGGGGAACUGAGAAAGUGGACCCCCAGUUCGAGGGGGUGACCCUGAGGUUUCAGAUAAAGCCGGAUUCCAGCCUACAGAUCAUACCCAGCUACAGCCUGGCCUGCAGCACCCGCUCUCAGGGUCCACCUGCAGUGGCCCCUGGGAGCCCUGAGGCCAGCCCAGGAGGCAGUGAAGCCCUGGGGCCCCGGCGCUGUGCUUCCUGUAGGACCCAGAGGACGCCUCUCUGGAGAGAUGCAGAAGAUGGGACUCCUCUCUGCAAUGCCUGUGGUAUCAGGUACAAGAAAUAUGGCACCCGAUGUUCCAGCUGCUGGCUGGUGCCCCGGAAAAAUGUCCAGUCCAAGAGGCUAUGUGGCAGAUGCGGGAUGUCCCUGGGCCCUCACCAAGGCCCAACGCAGGAAGGGGAUCCCAGGUGAAGACCAAGGCCUCAGGCUCCAGAGCCCAUGCCUCAGGUGGUCACUGCUCCUCAACUUGGCCCCUUCUCCUGUAGGCUUGGAUGAGCACCCCCCUCACGAAAUGCUCUCAGCAGUGAUAUCCAGUGUUAAUAGCAAUCACAAUAAAGAGCAGAACUACUC